GACAGGGCAACGCCACUGUGCCCAGUGCACGCGACGGGACAGGACGCGCCAGAGCGGUGCUGUGAGGAGCCCCCGCACAGCGCACUCGAUUGUGUCUGACCCGGAGCUUUUCCAAGACUUGAAUCCUACAGGUGACCUCGUGGCAAGACUGCGGGCCUUGGUGGCCCGUGGCUUUCCCGAGGCUUUUCUUUUGCAGGUGCCUGUGGGGGAAGACUGCGGGACUUGGUGGCCCGUGGCCUUCCCAAGACUUUUCUUUUGCAGGUGCCUUCAAGGCCAGACUCCGGUACUUGGUACCUGGAGCUUUUCUGAGGCAUCUCCCAUCCUUCUGGCCUCUGUCCUCAAGGUGCCCCCAAGGCCAGAUUGUGUCAUGGAGGGCAGAUUCCUCAACCUGUUCCAAGUGUUCAGAGGGAACAGAAAGACAGCCCCUGGAGCUGCCCCAGCACAGCAGCCUGAAGAGCCGGAGCAGUUCCAACCACUGCAGGAUGAUGCAGCCAUGGAUGAGAGACAAGAGCAGGAGCCUGCCCGUGGCCGCUUCCGCAGAACGCUGAAGAGGUUCCGCAAGUUCCUGCGCAUUGGGCGUAGAAAGAACAACACAGCAGCAACUGAGGGCACAGCUGAGCCUGACUCCGGGCUGACCGAGCUCCAGGCAGAGCCUGAUGUCAGCCCAGAUUCAGCUGAGCCCUCACAAGACUCUGAUGCUGCAGUGAAGGAUGACAGGGCAGAGGCUGACAUGGCAGGGACUGAGGGCACGGCCAUUCCAAAUGAUGACAUUGGAGAGACUCAGGGCACCACGGAUGCCAACAGGAUACUCACUCCCACUAUUAGCCAAGAGCUCGUAUGGGAUUAUUUCAAGGACCCUCGUGUGUCUUCUGACAUCGUUGACAAGAGAGCUGCUGCUUCUGACCAGCAGGUGCCAUCUACUGUGAGGAACAUUCACCAGAGUCUGGUGUCCCAUGUCACUGUGGAUAUCAGGCAGAAAAUUGACAUAAUAAGGCUGGCUGAAGAACACCCGGUCGAUGUGGUGCUGACCCUCCUGCGCUGUGCCCCAUCGUGUGACAGAGCUGCUGCCAUGAUGUGGCAAACCAUAGCCUCAUCGGGACCAACAGUUGAGAAAGUGCUGCCAACACUUCUCUGUGUGAUGGAGAACUGGCCCCUUUGCAGCACCUGCACCUCUGAUGGGGACAACAAGGACGUUUUGCCCUUGAGUGCAACUCUGGUGCUCUGGAUGAUUGUCCAGAUGCCACAGUGCCACGAGGCGAUGAUGCUUUAUUCCGCCCGCCUGUUUGUGGCUCUGCUGUUCCAUGUUGUCAUCACCACACAGCAGAGCCAUGUUGUCAUCACCACACAGCAGAUGCCACCAGUGGAAGCUGACAGCUUCUGGAAAGCUUGCCGGGAGCAACACCGCCUUCCCAGCAACGCCAACAGGUUUGCAGUGCAGGUCAUGAAAUCUCUGCUCUGCCGACUGCGGUGUGACAACGUGGUCAUGGAAAUGGGACGCAAGCGUGGCUGGGACACGCUCCUCUGUGCUGACACCCAGCACUAUGCCGUGGGUCUGCUGGCCAGGGAGAUGCGCCGUGGCUUGAUCCCCUUCUGUUCCCGCAUUGCAAUCCACCUGCUCAAGUCACUCAGAAGAGAGGAGCCAUGCUGUGAUCUGUCCUUCCUGGCAUUCCUUGUGGAGGUCCUCGAGUGCUUAGAUUUGACUAAAUACGGUGACGGUGUCCUUGAGAUCGCGUCAAGGCACCUGCAGAGCGAGUGCAGGCAGAGGCGUCGCCUGGCGCUCAGAGGCCUCGUGGUGCUCAGCAAGGAUCCCUCGAUGGCCAUAAGAAUGUGCAGCCUCUCUCAAAGCCUUCAGGACCUGCUGGCUGAUGCAGAUGGAGAUGUAGUUGGCAUGGCCCUCCGUGUGUUCAUCAAUAUGCUCAACAAUAAAGACAUCAUGAUAUGCAGCACCACUGCCCCAAAGCUGGCUCAGGCACUCCUGCUGCUCUUUGAUCACGACCACAGCCAUGUGCAGUUGCUCUCCCUUGACCUCUUCUUCAAGGCAAUGGACUUGGUAGUGGACGAGGGAAAGAAGCCCCUGGAGAAGAUUUUGGACCAGAGCCUGAUUCCACUCUUCAUCCACUGCCAUGAUGAGAACCGGCGUGUGGCGAAGGCCUCUCGGGAAACGCUGCUUCGUGUGGCCGAGUUCCUCAAGAGGAGGAAUUUGAAGCGGCUGGUGAGGAAGGAGCAGCUGUCAAAGUUUGCUGAGCGUCUGCUGGCACAGGACAAGAACCGAGCAGCCGAGCACCUGUGCCGGGCCCUGCCGUACCUGGACAGCCCACAGGAGCCGCUGCGAGAGGCGGCCGUCAGGUUCCUCGGGAUGGCCGGGGAGCAGCUGAGGGGGCAGCAGGAAGAGCUGCAGACCCUCAUCGCGGCACUUCAAGCUCUAAAAAGAGAUGACAACCCUUCUGAGAGAAACACAGUUCUUCAGCAGACGUUUAUUGAAAGAACUGCAGAAUUACGCUCGUCUGCUGGCUUACGAAACCAGUCUUCAUGUAAGAUGCUACGGAUGAUGAGGCUACGCUGAGACCAGAAGAGACCAGCUGGAGCUCCAGGCACUGCUGGCAACUGGCCCAGCUGAGCCUGUGGGAAGCUCGCAUGGCUUCAGCCCUCUCCCUGCCUCUAGAUAGCUCUGUCCCUGCAGCCCUAAGACACUGCCCAUCCCUUCUCUUUCCCUCCAGUUUCCCUCCCUUUUGAUAGCUCCCUCCCUGCAGCCCUGAGACACUGCCCAUCCCUUCUCUUUCCCUCCACCCUCCCUCCCUUUUGAUAGCUCCCUCCCUGCGGCCCUCAGACACUGCCCAUCCCUUCUCUUUCCCUCCACUCUCCCUCCCUUUUGAUAGCUCCCUCCCUGCAGCCCUCAGACACUGCCCAUCCCUUCUUUUUCCCUCCACUCUCCCUCCAUUCUGAUAGUUCCCUCCUUGCAACCCUCAGACACUGCCCAUCCCUUCUUUUUCCCUCCACUCUCCCUCCCUUUAGACAGCUCCCUUCUUCCAGCCCACAGACCUUGCCCAUCCCCUUUUUUGCCCCUCAGCUCAUCCCUUUGCUUCGCAUCCCAUCAAUAAACAGUUUGCCUUUUUCACUUUA